AUGGUGAUUGCGUUUGGAAACAUCGAAGAAAUGGCGGCUGCUUCCUUCCUGCUUUUGACAAAUUUGGUACACUUGGUAAAACUCUACUGUUUCAUAUUCCAAAGAACCAAAGUCGAGAACUUGAUUAACAGUAUUAACAGAGAAGAAUUUCAACCCAAAGAUAGUGACGACGCUAAAAUACUGUUGAAAGACAUUAACCGUUCCAAACUCAUCACUAAAACUUUUUUGUCAAUGUGUUGUAUGGGUUGCGUUCUGUUUGCGAUUUUUCCACUUCUGGAUAACGUGGAGGGUGAAAAUAUUAGGUUGCCUUUCAGCGGAUGGUACCCUUUUAACAUAAACGAAUCUCCAGUGUUCGAAAUAAUUUACAUGUACCAGGUGUUGGCUAGUUGCAUCAAUGGAAUGAGAAAUAUCAGUGCAGACACUUUCAUUUCUGGAACUAUAAUGAGCUACAAAAUCAAGUGGAAAUUAGAAAGCUUUUGCUAA